CACAUGCUGGUUAUUGUGAUGGAACCUCUUCACUACGCGACACACCCACCGGACGAUUGCUAUUCACGAUAUGAAGUGUUGAUUAAAUAUGUGGAACUUUUUCCAGAAAAUCUGAUUGUUCCUGCUAAUUUUGCACUCGAUGCACUUUGCUUUAUUUUGGGAUGUUUGCUGACAGACCGAUCGAUCCGUCGAUCGAUUGACAGAAUAAACAGCUCAAUCUCGACAGCAAAUAUGACUUGUGAUAAUAUACUAAAUGCUUAGUGGUCUGUGACAUUUUAUUCAAUUGAUUUUGCUUCAAUUAUUUCUAUUUUUAACGAUAAAUUGUGAAAUAGUUUCUUUUAAUAAGAAUAAUAAUAACGUCUUAGAUUUGUAGAUAUCACACCAUGCAAUGGACCAAAAUAUGAUUAAUGCGAAUCUUUUCAUUUUAUGAUUUUUAUUGAGCUCGCUUUAAUAUAUCAACCAACUAUUUAAUAUACAAGCCCAAUUCCAACGAAGUUGGGACGUUGUGUUACCUGUACGUUGCCUGUUCACCUGCGGGAUGUUCCAAACAGGUGUUUGCAACUUUUUUGCCACCUGUCCCAGCUUUUUUGGAACGUGUUGCAGCCAUCAAAUUCUAAGUUCAUGAUUAUUUGCAAAAAACAAUCAAGUUGAUCAGUUUGAACAUGAAAUAUCUUGUCUUUGUAGUGUAUUCAAUGAAAUAUAGGUAGAACGCGAUUUUCAAAUCAUUGUAUUCUGUUUUUAAUUUAUGUUUAACAACAACAACAUCCCAGCUUCAUUGGAAUUGGGGUUGUAAUCAAAAGGUUAUACAUAAAUGUGCUUAUUUUAAUAAUGAUAAUAAUACCUUACUUUUAUUAUUGACAACGAUUCACUACUAUAAUCGAGUGUCUUACGUGACAAAUGAAGAAAUACAUUUAUGUACACCUUUUAAGAAAAAAUGACAAAAUGAACGCAGCACAUAGUAAAAAGUGUAGAACGGAUUGAGGUGCAGUUCCACGGAGGUUCUUCUAGGGGCAGCACCGUGAUUACGCAGCAAGCUGCAGGCAGACGAAGAAGAGCUCAACCCAAGUGAGCGUUGCUCUGUUGCAGUCACCAAUCGAUAUUCGGCCGUUUGGCUACCUCCACGCUAGCCUGUUUUCAUCUUCUUUUCAGCACCCGGCGCCGUCCGAGUGUCCCCCGGCGGCAUGUCCAGCUUCCAGCGGCUCCAAGCGGCCAUCAACGAGCGUCUGUGCGCGGCCGCCGAGGAGAUCUUUGAGGCGGUCAAAAGCACCAUUGUCGGCCUUGAGGAGGAGCUCCGGCAGUCCAAACUGGAGCUCGAAGGCCACCAAAGACACAAACAACACACAGGUCCACCGAAGCAGUCUCUCUCCAUCUGGCCUGAACUUCGGCGGCUGCAGAGCGGGUCUGAGCUGUGCGGGCAAGACUGGAAAGCGCCGCUGGAGCAGGAUCCCACCAGCAGUGACCGGGACAGCGAUGAGGAGUGGCGGCCUGGCGAGAGCGACGAGGCAGAGAACAAAACCGCAAUAAAGGCCAAGCCCCGCUUCAGCUGCAAAGUGUGCGGGAAGGGGUUCCACGUCGUCCUCUCCUUAGCCAGUCACAUCGAGGCGCACCCCAAGGACGUGUGCGGCGUGUGCGGCGAGCGCUUCGACUCGGAGGAAAGCUUCGUCCUUCACAUUGAGACGCACGCGCAGGACGGCAAAGGCUCGGGCGCGGCUCUGGAGACGCACUCACGCGUGCGCACGGGCACGAAGCCGUUUAUGUGCGGCGAGUGCGGAACGGAGUUCAAAUGUCAGCGCGACUUCACGAGACACAUGCGCACGCACACAGGAGAGAAACCUGAUGCCUACCAGGAGACCAACAUCACGGUGGCACCGUUUUCACAAUUCCAGAGCGUGAAAGACUAUGAGCAGAACAGCUCACAGGAGGAGCAGGUGUCGGUGGCGUGCGACGACGACGACGACAAGGCGGCGUGCGAACAGGAAGUGGCGUGUGAAGAUGACGGCGACGGGGCCUCCCUGGACCAGAAACCAUCUCUACCAAACACACAGGGUGAGGACAGCGAUGACGAGUGGCAGCCCAGCAAGAGCGACGGGGCUAAGAAGAAAACGAUCCAGAAGGCCAAGCCAUCCUUCAGCUGCAAAGUGUGCGGGAAGAGCUUCCACGCCGUCAUCUCGCUGGCCAAUCACAUCGAGGCGCACCCCAAGGACGUGUGCGGCGUGUGCGGCGAGCGCUUUGAUUCGGAGGAACGCUUCGAGUGUCACGUCAAGACGCACGCGAAGGGCAGCGUGUGCAGCGUCUGCGGCAAAGGCUUCGGCACGGCCAAGGCUCUGGAGACGCAUGUGCGCGUGCACACGGGCGAGAAGCCGUUUGUGUGCGCCGAGUGCGGAAAGGCGUUCAAUUGUCAGCACAACUUGACGAGGCACAUGCGCAGGCACACGGGAGAGAAACCCUACGCCUGCGAGAUAUGCGGACAGCAAUUCAGCGACCACUCCACCAGGAAGCGCCACAUGCUGGUGCACGAGAGCGAGACGGAAGCGAGCGGCAAGCAGCCCAAGAGUCGCGUGGUGUGCGUGGUGUGCGGCAAAUUGUUCCACUCCAUCGUUUCUCUGGUCAACCACGCCGACAGCCACCAGACGGACUGCGGCGUCUGCGGCGCGCGAGCGGACGACCUCAAGGCGCACCUGCGGACGCACAACAACGGCAAAGCGUGCGACGUUUGCGGCAAGCGUUUCGACGGCGGUCGCGAUCUGGACACUCACAUGCGGGUGCACACGGGCGAGAAGCCUUUCCUGUGCAGCGAGUGCGGGAAAGCUUUCAACUGUCAGCACAACAUGUUGCGCCACAUGCGCACGCACACGGGCGAGCGGCCCUUCGCCUGCGAUGUGUGCGGGAAGCUCUUCAACGACUACUCGGCCAGGAUGCGACACCUGAUCACGCACCGGAAGGGCAAAAAGUUGGACGGCGAGCGUGCGCGAACAUCCAAGAAAAGCCGCGUCAUCUGCGUGGUGUGCGGACGGAUGUUCCACUCCAUCAUCUCGCUGGUCAACCACUCCGGUGGCCACCAGACAGACUGCGGCGUGUGCGGCGCUCACGCGGACAAUCAAGACAAGCUGAAAGUGCACCUGAUGACGCACAGCAACGGGAAAGUGUGCCAGGUGUGCGGGAAGUGCUUCGACAGCCGCAGGGAUCUGGACACCCACAUGCGGGUGCACACGGGCGAGAAGCCGUUCGCCUGCGGCGUGUGCGGAAAAGCCUUCAACUGUCAGCACAACAUGACGCGGCACAUGCGCACGCACACGGGCGAGAAGCCGUACGCGUGCGAAGUGUGCGGGCGCCGCUUCGGCGACCAGUCGUCCCUCAAAAAGCACAACGACAUGCACACGGGCGAGAAGACGCACGGGUGUGAACUCUGCGGGAAGACCUUCUUCCGCAAGGCCAACCUCAGGCAUCACAUGAAGUGCCAUGGGGCUGAACAUUGACGUCAACUCCAGCCUUUCCCUGUGUUUCUGUAUAUUUUUCCCAUUCUGUGGUAUUUGUUCAAAAACUCACCUACUUGCUUUUAUUUCGGUCAGGUCAAAGCCCUGUCUAAUAUAAAAGUGGUGCUUUGCCGCAUAGUGUCACAGCUUUUUGCCAAGGAACUACAGUAGGGCCUUGAAAUACGAUUUCUGUAUACGAGCUGUUGUGUGACCAAUUUUUGGUUUUGUUUAGAUUUGUGAGUGAAAACUUGAUAUGAGGCUUUAUGGUGACAGUGAACGCAACUCGCUUCUCAGAAAGCAGGAGUUUGCCCAAUUGUUCCAAAAAGAGGCUUCAAGCCCAUUAUACAACCCCGAUUCCAAUGAAGUUGGGCUGUUGUUAAAUUUAAAUAAAAACAGAAUACAAUGCUUUGCAAAUCAUGUUCAACCUAUAUUUAAUUGGAUACACCACAAAGACAAGUUGUGUAAUGUUCAAACUGUGAACAAGUGCGUGGGAAAAUAGUCCAAGGACAAUGGUCCUCAACGUACAAUUGCAAGGAAUUUAGGGGUUUGUGUGUUAAGUGAAAGUUGAAAAUCUGCAUUUGUGAAGGUAUGGGGCUGUGUUAGUGCCAAUGGCAUGGCUAACUUACACAUCUGUGAAGGCACCAUUCAUGCUGAAAGGUACAUACAGGUUUUGGAGAAACAUGCUGCCAUCCAAGCGACGUCUUUUUCAUGGACGCCCCUGCUUAUUAUUAGCCAAUGCCUGACCACAUUGUGCACGUGUUACAACAGCGUGGCUCCGUCGUAAAAGAGUGCGGGUACGAGACUGGCCUGCCUGCAGUCCGGACCCGUCUCCCAUUGAAAACGCGUGGCGCAUUAUGAAGCGUCAAAUACGACAACGGAGAACCCGGACUGUUGAACGGCUGAAGCUGUACAUCGAGCAAGAAUGGGAAAGAAUUCCACGUACGAAGCUUCAACAAUGAGUGUCGUCCGUUCCCAAGCGUUAAUUGACUGUUGUUCAAAGAAAAGGGGAUGUAACACCGUGGUAAACGUGAGCCUGUCCCAGCUGUUUUGGAAGGUGUUGCAGCCAUAACGUUCUAAGUUCAUGAUUAUUUGCUAAAAACAAUCAAGUUGAUCAAUUUGAACAUUAAAUAUCUUGUAUUUGUAGUGUAUUCAAUGAAAUAUAGGUUGAACAUGAUUUGCUAAUCAUUGUAUUCUGUUUUUAUUUGUUUAACACAACAUCACAACUUCACUGGAAUUGGGGUUGUGUGUGUGUGUGUGUAUAUAUAUAUAUUUUAUUACCACUCCCAGUGAACUGUCAAACUAAAUUUAAAGUAGAGAUUAUCUAAAACAACCACACGGCCUCCACUAGCUUAAUCCUAACACAUAAUGGGAAACUGUAAACUCUGGGAAACAGUAUUCAAAGGCAGCUUUUGUUUAUCCUCUUCGAAAAACAUGUAUCAAUGCAUCUUACUGAGGAAUUGUGACCGUCUUCAUGUAUGUCCAUGUCUGUAUUAUACUGCGCCUAGAUGGCCAAAGGCGUACAUGCCAGGAGGAGGAGCAUGAUGGCCAUUGAAUUGAAGCAAAAAGGGUGAGGAAAAACUGUUCAUUGUAGUGCUUCACAUUCUCUUUAAUUGCCAUUCCUGUAUGUCUGACGAUGAUUUGAGCUACGAAUGUCACGUGCGUGGUCGUGGAACGUACAAACUCGUAUCUUAAGGCACCGCCAAAAGGGCUGACCGAUAGAAAAGUGCUUUGCUCCCAUCUUGUGGCAGCUGUAUGCAAUUCGUCUCGGUGGCAGGUCCUGAGUCCGGACCGGACUGCUGUCUUUCAGACGUUCGCAAAGCUUUUAUCGUGCUGCAAAUUCCGCUUUGACCAGCAGAAAACAAGCUGACAUUUAAACCCCCUCCACCUUUUGGGGUGAAUUUGUGUGAAUGUUUGUCUAAACACUGGUCCUACAAUUAGUCCACUUAUUUGAAUAAACUUUGA